UUGCUCUUUACGAUGAAACAAAACCGCGGGAGAGCGCUGAGCGGUGGAGAACUACAUCCAGCCAGUGCGCAUUCAAAUGAUUUUUAGCUGCGAUGUGCAAAAACCCUAGGUGCGCGGAUAGAAGGGAGCCAGCCAGAAGGUUACGACAGGUCAGGAAUAAAUAACCAGCAGGCGGAGGAUCCCUCAGAUUCCGUCCUUCCUUUUGUCGGGUGCGGAGCGCCCGGCGAGCGCGUCCACAAAGGCUUUGGGAAGAAGCGGUUCCGCGGUGCACACUCGGCUCCAGCCCCGGUGGAACAGGAAUGGAUGGGAAGAAAUUCAGCGUAUGGAUGUUUUUACCUCUUGUAUUUACUUUAUUUACUUCGGCUGGAUUGUGGAUAGUAUACUUUAUAGCUGUGGAAGAUGACAAAAUUUACCCAUUAAAUUCAGCUGAAAGAAAACCUGGUGUGAAGCAUGCACCAUAUAUAAGUAUUGCAGGUGAUCAACCUCCUGCAAGCUGUGUGUUUAGUCAAGUCAUGAACAUGGCAGCUUUCCUAGCUCUUGUGGUAGCUGUUCUGCGCUUCAUACAACUGAAACCAAAGGUUUUAAACCCAUGGCUGAAUAUUAGUGGAUUGGUGGCCCUGUGUCUGUCUUCCUUUGGAAUGACCUUACUUGGUAAUUUUCAGCUCACAAACGAUGAAGAAAUCCAUAAUGUUGGCACCUCCUUGACCUUUGGAUUUGGCACAUUGACGUGCUGGAUCCAGGCUGCACUGACACUCAAAGUCAACAUCAAGAAUGAAGGACGCAAAGUUGGAAUCCCACGAGUUAUUCUCUCAGCAUUGAUCACUCUCUGUGUGGUCCUCUACUUCAUUCUCAUGGCCCAAGGCAUCCACAUGUACGCUGCCAGGGUCCAGUGGGGCCUGGUCAUGUGCUUCCUGUCCUACUUUGGCACCUUCGCUGUGGAGUUCCGGCAUUACCGUUACGAGAUUGUUUGUUCUGAGUACCAAGAGAAUUUCCUAAGCUUCUCAGAAAGCCUGUCUGAAGCUUCUGAAUAUCAAACUGACCAGGUGUAACCUAUCAGUUUUUCCUUGCUGGUGAGCUGGGUGUGACAGUGGGGGAGGGGCAAGGAGGGCACACCCACUGGACUUGACACGUAACCUCAUGACACAUUUUACACACACACACAC